CCCGGAGUCAGGAAGGACGCACCGCCAGAGAAGUUAACAGGCUGAUACAGACCGAGAGGACUGCAGUUGUUUUUAAGUUGACAACACAGAGAAAUCUCAUUAAAGUAAGUUUUUUCUCUGAGGAUUAUAAGAAGAACAGUGGAACCAUGAGUUCAGUAUAGGAGCAUUCAAGUGCGGGGAUGCUUGGAGAAUGGUGAGAGCAGCGUGUACACUUUAGGAAUAACUUCAGUGUGGACCGGUAUGGCUUGAUUUGAGAGCCCAGAGAAGCUGUGGGAGGCACCCAUGUUUCUGUGCAAGAGAAGGAAAGUUUGCUGCGCUUCUCUCGGAUCUACUUUGUGAAAUUCAUCGCUGACUAUCUCCUAUCCGAGCGGCAGAGACCAGGCGCCGCUUCGGCUCUGAACUGUUGACCAUGACCAACCCCGCGCUGAAGAAGAACCACUGGACCUCCAGAGUGAACGAGUGCUCCGUGGGGAAGGAUGCCCGCGGAGACCUGAACGUGUCUCUGCGCGGCGGCGCGGAGAACGGGGAGUUCGCCUACAUCGGCCAAAUUAACGAGGACCUGGUGAUUUACAGAGAUGGGAAAUUAAACGAGGGGGAGUUACUGCUGGAGGUGGAGAACCUCUCAAUUUCAGGAUUACCUUUAUACGACGUGCAGACGCUGAUAAAGAACUGCAAAAGUCCCGUGAAGUUGAAAUCUGUGAGGCCAGGAACUAAGUUGAAUAAGGACCUGAAGCAUUAUCUAAGCCAGCGCUUCCAGAAGUCGUCACCUGACCACGAACUGCAGCAGACCAUUCGAGAAAAUCUGUACCGUCACGCAGUGCCUUGUACUACUCGCUCCCCACGUGAAGAAGAAGUUCCUGGUGUGGAUUACAACUUCCUCUCUGUAGAGGACUUCCUAGAGUUGGAGAAGAGUGGAACCCUGCUGGAAGUUGGAACAUAUGAAGGCAACUAUUAUGGGACGCCCAAGCCACCAGUGCAGCCCCCCAGAGAGAAAGUGAUCAGCCGCAGCGGUGGUGAUGCCCCACUGUCAGACAGGCUCAGCGGUAGCCUGCCGGGCUCGCAGAACUCCACUCCUCGACGAGCCAAGUCCUACAAUGACAUGCGAAAUGCUGGAAUAGGGCUGGCAGAUCAGCAACUGGAGGACGACGAGGACCUCCCUGACAUGAACAGCAGCUUUACAGGAGAAUCUAGUGAAUUAGACGAAAUUCCUCACUCAGUGCGCCCCUACGUCCCUCGCCAUAGUGACCCGUCCUACGCUGGGACAUCCCCCUCACCAUCGGCCACCACGGAGAGCACACAGCAGACAAACCUUCACCUGAGCCAUCCUCCCCAGGAGGACCCGCUGGGACCUCUGCCGGACAACUGGGAGAUGGCCUACACCGAGAAUGGAGAGGUCUACUUUAUAGACCACAACACAAAGACCACCUCUUGGCUAGACCCUCGGUGCCUGGACAAACCUCAGAAACCCCUGGAAGAAUGUGAAGAUGAUGAAGGGGUCCAUACAGAAGAGCUGGAUGAUCUAGAACUUCCUCCAGGAUGGGAGAAAAUCGAUGAUCCAGUCUAUGGGGUCUACUAUGUCGAUCAUAUCAACAGGAAGACCCAGUAUGAAAACCCAGUGCUGGAGGCUAAGAGGCGCAGGCAGCUAGAACAGCUGCCUGCCCAGCAGCCUCAGCCUCAAAGCCAGCAGCCACCUGAAGAGUGGAUAGAGGACUCGGCAUUGGCAGGCGCCCCACUGGCCACCUACACUGCCAACCACGAGACCUACAGGGACCCUCAAACAGGUCCCCCUAUUCCCAACGCCAUGGGACAAAAACGUGGGAAGCCUUUCUUUACUAGGAACCGUUCAGAACUGAAUGGGACCUUCAUCAAUACCAAACUGAAGAAGAGCCGUCGAGGGUUUGGUUUCACCGUUGUUGGGGGGGACGAGCCAGAUGAGUUCUUGCAGAUAAAAAGCUUGGUUCUGGAUGGACCUGCAGCCCUUGAUGGCAAGAUGGAGACAGGUGACGUGAUCGUGAGUGUAAACGACACCUGUGUGCUGGGCUACACGCACGCCCAAGUUGUGAAGAUCUUUCAGUCCAUCCCGAUCGGUUCCAUGGUUAACUUGGAGCUGUGCCGUGGCUACCCAUUGCCUUUCGACCCCGACGACCCAAACACCAGCUUGGUAACCUCAGUUGCCAUCCUCGACAACAAAGAUCCCAUUAUCGUCAAUGGCCAGGAGGUCACCAACAGCUACGACUCACCGUCCAGCCACGGCAGUCAUAGCACCAACAAUGGCCCAACAAACGGUGGGCCACCUCUCAAUGGCUACCCGCGACCUCACAGCCCCUCCACUGAGGUGGCCUCCGAUACCUCCUCCCAGCUCGGCUACUCCAGCGAUGUGGUGACACUGGCCUCAGCCAUCGCAACGCAACCUGAACUCAUCACUGUACACAUGGAGAAGGGAGACAAGGGCUUUGGCUUCACCAUCGCAGACAGCCUCGGUGGUGGAGGGCAGAGGGUGAAGCAGAUCGUAGACUACCCUCGCUGCCGUGGCCUCAGAGAGGGGGACAUCAUCGUCGAGGUGAACAAGAGGAAUGUGCAGAGCAUGUCUCACAACCAAGUUGUGGACAUGCUCAGCAAGUUACCAAAAGGCAGUGAGGUCACCAUGCUGGUGCAGAGAGGAGUGGCACCUGCAAAGAAGAGCCCCAAACUGGAUUAUUAUGACCCGGCUCCACCAUACAGAGAUUACACUAGGAUGCAAUUGUCAAGGAAGGACAGUCAGAACAGUUCCCAGCAUAGUGUUUCCAGCCACCGGAGCACUCAUACGGAAUCACCCGCGCACUCGUCUCUGGCACCCCCCCUCAGCGAGAUCAGCACUCCCCCGGCCCCCUCGCAGCCCUUGCCUGGCCUGCCAUCCCAGGACUCUCAAGGAGACGGGACCAUCCACAGAAAACCUGACCCCUUUAAGAUCUGGGCCCAGUCCAGGAGCAUGUAUGAAAGUAGGCUUCCAGACUUCCAGGAGCAGGACAUUUUCCUGUGGAGGAAGGACACAGGCUUCGGCUUUAGGAUCCUUGGAGGCAACGAGCCAGGAGAACCUAUCUACAUUGGCCACAUAGUGAAGUAUGGCGCUGCAGAUGAGGAUGGGCGUCUCCGAUCUGGAGAUGAACUGAUAUGUGUGGACGGCACAGCGGUGGUGGGCAAGUCGCAUCAAUUGGUGGUGCAGCUGAUGCAGCAGGCUGCCAAGCAGGGCCACGUUAAUCUUACUGUGCGGCGUAAAACCAACUACGCAGUUAAAUCAGACGGAGAUGUCCCUCCAUCACCAGCGUCCUCACACCACAGCAGCACCCAGGCGCCCAGCCUGACAGAGGAUAUGGGGAAGCGCACCCCGCAGGGCAGCCAGAAUUCCCUCAACACGGUCAGCUCCGGCAGCGGCUCCACCUCUGGCAUCGGCAGCGGUGGAGGAGGAGGUGUAGGAGCUGGGGCUAGUGGGAACACUGUGGUGGCUACUGCGGCGGCAACCACGUCCUCCCAGCCCCCGAAUGGGACCACAAACACUGCCGCCGGCGUUUCCUCCGCCGUGCAGCCGUACGACGUGGAGAUCCGACGGGGCGAGAAUGAAGGGUUCGGUUUUGUCAUCGUAUCAUCCGUGUCGCGGCCUGAAGCAGGCACCACCUUUGCUGGAAAUGCAUGUGUGGCCAUGCCUCACAAAAUAGGCCGCAUCAUCGAGGGGAGCCCAGCGGACCGCUGUGGGAAGCUGAAGGUUGGCGACCGCAUCCUGGCCGUAAACGGGAACUCCAUCACCAACAAGUCCCACUCUGACAUUGUGAACCUCAUCAAGGAGGCCGGGAACACCGUCACACUACGGAUCAUUCCUGGAGAUGAAUCCUCCAAUGCAUCUUUGUUGACAAACGCAGAGAAGAUUGCCACCAUAACCACCACUCACACAUCUCAGCAACAGGCAGCACCUGAGGCCAGGACCAACACCAAACCAAAACAGGAAUCUUACGAGUUUAAAGCCCCUCAGAACACUCCUCCCCAGCCCCAUAUCCAAACAGACUCAGCUCAGGACUCCGAGUUCUACUCAGUGGACCUGGAACGAGACAACAAAGGCUUCGGCUUCAGCCUGCGGGGAGGAAGAGAGUACAACAUGGACCUGUAUGUGCUGAGGCUUGCUGAAGAAGGAGCUGCAGUUCGCAAUGGGAAAAUGAGGGUUGGAGACGAAAUCUUGGAGAUCAAUGGCGAGAGCACCAAAGGCAUGAAGCACGCGCGGGCCAUCGAGCUCAUCAAGAACGGAGGCCGACGCGCCCAUUUGGUGCUCAAGAGGGGUGACGGUUCUGUGCCUGAAUAUGGUGGGUCAAUCUACGAAAACAUUCCCUUCUCCCCCAUCUUCACUCCCUGAGCUUGGACGCUGGUGGGGUUUGAAGGGGCAAAGAACUGAAUCACACACCCGGGACCCUUCACCCCUUCCUGGCGUAGACACACCAGGGGCGGGAAGGAGGGUUUGCUUGGCUUUUAAGUCUUUCUGUGGUGAAGGUCACUCCUGUGCUGUUGGGUUCUGGUGGGGGGGCUGAGCGAUUGCUCCUCCGGGUGCGGUUGACCCUCCUACUGUCACCUGCUCUCAGUUUCCUUGUCAUCCCGCUGUCACUUUCCACCUUCUUGCCGCUCAGCUAAAGCACUCUGUCGGGACUUUACAGAAAGGUGCUGGGCCUAAUUUCAGUGCAACAUAAGAUAAAAGCUGUUUACAGGUUUGAAUGACCAGAGUAGGAGAAAAAAGCUUUUCUUAUUUUAGUAAGAAGUUCCGUAAAUUGCUUUAGCUCAUUAUUAAACACCAGUUCAACAUUAAAAAGAGAAACUUGAUUCUUUGCUUCCCAUAAAAGAUGGGACAGCUCACAGCUUUGGCUUCAUUGUGACACAAACAUAUUUAUGAUAUUUAUUGGAGGUGAAUGUAAGCUACUGAACUCCUAAAGGUUUUAAGUGAGAACUGUACUAACAAGAGGCAGCCUAAUACAAGUACAUCCAAUAAUUUAAAUUAGCAUUGUAAAGUUUAUUAUUUCAGUAAUUUAGUUCAACAGUGAAAUUUACAUAGAUUCAUUACACAGAAAGUGAUAUAUUUCAAGUCUUUAUUUCUGUUGAGGGGGUUAGUCCAUGGCUCUUAGUAGGUGUUAAGGCAAUCUAGGUUGCUUAAACUGCGUCCAUCAGCUUCUUCUUGACCUAAACAACAUAGAUUCUCUGUGGAGUUUGGUGACCAGUGAUACCAUGGUCAUUAAAGCAGGUAUUGGUACUUUUGUCAAUGUGGGUAGGUGCCAAUACCUGCUGGAAAAUGAAAAUGAAAUCAACAUCUCCAUAAAUCCUGUCAGAAAAUUUUGAAGAAAUGCAGUGGCAGCAUUCAUUUGUUGUAGUUCUUGCUGUGGUUUGAUGGAUGCUGUGAUCAUCCUACAAGGCCCCUGUUGCAGGGCAGGAGACAACCGUGGAAGGAAAUGAUCUCUGGACAUUCAGCUGUGAAUGAAUCCUGCUCCUGAAACUGCAGUUUCCUAAGCUGGAAUUCAUACUUCUCUUAAAAAAUGUAUUGAAAGUCUUAGACUUUCUGAAAGUGUCUUGCAUUCUGCAUCUAAAACUACCAGAAACUUGGUUGUAAGUCUUAAUUUAUUGCACUGAACAAGUUUGUGAAUUAUUGGUGAUGCAAUUGUUUGAAGAGGUGUCCUAAAACACUGAAACACAUUGGCCUAACACUAACCUAUGACAUGGCCCCCCAAAUCAUCACUGACUGUGAAAACUGCACACUGGACCUCAAGCAACUUGGAUUAUGUGUCUAUUCACUUCUCUUCCAUUUUCUCCUUGAAUUGUACAUGACCCUGAAAGAAGUAUAUGGACCACUGUACAAUGGUCCUUUUUCUUAAAAAUACUUCCCUAAUCCCAAAGUGAAAUUAAACUCUUGUUCAGCAAUGGUUUAACAUGAGACAUAGUAGCUCAUGUCUGGGAUACAUCUGUGUGUGCUGGUUCUUGAAGCUCUGGCUGCAGCUUCAGUCUUCUCCUUGUGAAUCUCCCCGAAAAUCAUGGUCGUUUUCUUCACAAUCCUCUGAAGUCUGCAAUUUUCCCUGUUUCUUCCUUCUGCUCAACUUUCCAAUAAUAUGCUUGUAUACAGCCAGCUUCUUUAUCAGUGACCUUUUGUGACUCUUCCUACUUGGGAAGGGUGUUAAGACUGUCUGCUGGACUGAUUAUACAGACAAAAGCACUGCAAUAACAUAACAUUUCUAUAAAAUAUUGGUCUUCUAUAAUAUUUAGAUUUUCUGUGAAACUGUUUUCUAGAUUUUUAUUAGCUAUUCUCUAUAAUCAUCAAAGUUUUGGAAAUAAACACUUGAAAUAUAUCACUCCGUCUCUAGUGAUCAGCUUUAAACCUAGUUUAACUCACACUUUGACAAUGCUCCGAUUUAUUGAGAUGGCCUUGUACUCUUUAUUUUCUGUUUUCAAGCCAAACUUCUGCUAUGCUGUGGUUGACAUUCCUCACUCAUCCAUGGAUUUUUUUUCUGUUGCGCCCAUUGUCAAUGUUAUUGUCAUUAAAAUGCUGUGAAGAUUAAAACACCCAACUCCACACAUCCCCAUGCAAAAAGAAAAUGAGUCAUGGCGCUUAUAUAAAGCUUUUGUACAGUGAUUAAAUGAAUAGACAUUUUUACAAGUAUUUUUGUUCAUUGUACAGAGCCAUGAAUCAAAGCCACAUAUAGAUGGAGAAAAGGUUUAUUGCUGCAUGAACUUGUCAAAAGUGUAAAUUUGAAGUUUUUUGCCCCCUUCUAUUGUCAAUUUUCCAUAAUAUUUAUGGAGCGUUUCUUUUGUUAUUGUAUUGACAAGUUUUGAUUGAUACUCAAGAUUCAUGAACAUUUUUCAUUGUCUUGCUUUUUCUUUGUUUUCUUUUUGAGUGUAGAAACAUUUGCUUGUGUAAGUUUAUUCGCUGUUAUCUGAUCUGCACCAAUUAUGGCGUCAUGUGAACUUUGUAUAUUUUUGAUCAUCAUUUGUAUUUUUUUUAUGUUGACACAACCUUUUUGGCAGUUUUGCCAGCGUUUCUUCUUUUGAUUUCUGGAAUUGGAAGUAAUUUUUUCUGCUGCUUCUUUGUCAACAUGUCAACAGUGUCUGUGUGACGGGCUUUGUGUGUUUGUGAGUGCGUGUGUGUUUGGGUGGGGGGGGGUGGGGGGGGUGGCGUUCACUAUUCUGUGUAGUUGGCGGUUUUCACGGAAGGAUUUGGGCAACUUCUUGGACUGUCUCUUUACUCUGAAUGAUCAAAUAAACACUCCUUUUACAUAAGAAUCAACACAA